AUGAGCAGCCCCCAGUCAAAGCCAACAUCAGCCUGCGAGUGCAAGAACCCAGGCACGGGAGAGAACAAACGGGAGCUCCCAAAGUCCCAGACCAGCAUCUACCAUGAUGGACACACCUACAAUGUGACAAGUAGUGUGUUGGUCCCACUGAAGGAAGAUGAUGUGUUCUCCAAUGUCAUUUUCCAUGUGCAGCACAAGUCAACAGUGGUUUUCCGGAAAACCAUUGGCCUGGAGCAGUACCUCCGUGUUCCUCCUCAGGUGACAGUGUCUCAGGCUUCCACCUCCUUCAGCUUGGUGACAGCUACCCGCCACGUGCAGAGAUUCUAUCCACAGACUGUGCAUCUCACCUGGCUGAAUAACUGCCAAAUGCUCAAAGAAGCUGACCAGCCCGUGCCCAAGAAGAAUAACGAUGGGUCCUACACCUUAGAAGUCUUGCUGGUGAAUGCGUUGGUACAGGGGUCUGAGCACGUGCUCACCUGUGUGGUGCAGCAUGAGAUGCAGCCUCCCGUCCGGGCCAAACUCAUACUGUCCACAGCAGCCAGCCCCACGUACAAGCCCACUGGGAGCCCAGGUCCAGAGAUGCCUGCCCUUCUCUUUGUGGCUUUCCUCCUGGGCCUCAAGGUGCUGCUGGUGAUAAGUGUCACAGUUACCUACAUCUACAGGAAGUAGAACCUGUGACUGCUCUGCAUGCCCUGUGGUACACUGCCUCCUGCCUUCUCCAGAGGACUCCUCUUCAAGGGGCUUAAGUGGGGAGAAAAAGCUGCUAAGACCUGUAGCAGGGCCCCUGCCUUUCACUCUGCCACUGCCAGCCCUAUGGCAGACACACCACCCUCCACACACCCUCCUGAUGUCCCUCCCCUCAGAGCUUUGGAGCUGAGUCAGGGAUGGACUUUGGUUAUUCAAACUCAAGGAUAUCUCAGCCCUGAUGUACUGAGCUGCAAAUUGGCUCUGCUUCCACCCAUGAGAGAAUCAAACAGAUCAAGAAAAGAAGUUUCCACCCUGCCCCUGAUCAUGAGUAAUCCUCAAUUUUUAGAGCAGUUUUUACUCUAUUCAGGGCUUUUGCAAAUAUGAUUUCAUUUCAACACA